AAAUGGCGACUAGUCUAACUGCGCGAAGGGCCUCGAAUUUACUACAAAGAAGUGUACAUUGUCGCUUUGUCACUCCAAACUUCAUCUUUGGUGUGUGUAGAAACUGUUCUACUACAACGGUAGAAAUUAAAAAUGAUAAUACGUCAGUAGAAACGGCGCCAAAAAUGCAAGAGGACGAGGAAAAGAGAAAAAGGAGAGACGAGGGUAAAAAACUACAUGCUAUAUAUCACAUGAAAGUGGACAAAAUCGCUGCGGAAUUCCUCAUGAAACGACAAGAGGAAGAAAUGAAUCUAAAUCAAGAAAUGCUUAAGAAGAAGGAACUGCAAAAGCUGGAGAAAGAAAUGCACGACCGGAUUAUUGAAAGUGUCCAUCUUGAGAACGAGCGAGUAAAACAACUAAGAGAGAAAAGACUUGAAAAUAAAAAGCUAGAGGAUGAAGAAUGCGAGAAAGAAAAGGAGCUUUUAAGGAGGGAAUGGGAGGCUAAACAGAGGCAGGAAAGAGUUGAAUUGGUGAAAAAGCUGACUGAAGAAAGCAAAAACUGGGUGACUGAAGAAAACCUAGAGGAGAAGAUAGCUUAUUGCCUGGAAAAUGAAACAAACUACAACUUCGCCAUAACACCAUCAGGGGAGAGGAUUUAUUCAACCACUCCUCCUGGUUGUAUAGACUCUGAGGAAAAUGCCCCUGGCCCUGCAGCUUAUUACCCAAAAGGACUACCUUCAAACCUUGAAAAACAAGAAGUGGAUGGUUAUUGAAAGAACAAACUGAAAGCAGUACAAUACCUUGUACACGUACACAAUAAAGAGGAGUGUAAAACAAA